ACACUAGUACCAAUCCAAAUAAAUUAAAAAUUAAAGAACUUAUUUAAAUAUUAACAGCAUCUUAAUAAUUUAUUUAAUUUAUAAUUACCUGUUUACACGAAUUGCACAAUAACUUUGCAUUACUUUUUUAUAACAAAUUUUAGGUUAUGUAUGUUAUGAUCGGGUUCUUUAAUUUAUUUGGGUUGGUAUCAGUGUCUGGCAGAAGUUGGCAGCUAUGAUUAGCAGUUUGCUAAUGGUGAACUCGAGCCUAAAGUGUUAUAAAUAUAUUUGCACUCGUGGGUGGUGAACGAUCUAGUGUAUUUGACAAUUAAUUGUUUCUUUUCAAUAAAUAACCUAGAUUCUGAAAAGUUUUCGUCUAAACAAAGCAAUACGAAGUAAAGUUUUAUUACAAUUUAUGUUAGGAAGGCUUUAAUUGGUGACAUGGAUAUCAAGUCAGGUGAAUUUUGAUGAUUCAAGGUCCUACACAUUGACAAAUCUUCAACUCUGUGGGAGAUAUUUAAAUAAUCAUAAUGUCAGCACCACCGCCACCUCCACCCCCUGCAUUUAAUUUAGGAAAUUCGGGUAGCAGUGAUCAGGGGCGAAACCAAUUAUUACAGUCAAUUAGAGCAGGAAAAACUUUAAAAAAAACAGUGACUGUUGAUAAAAGUGCCCCUUGUAUAUCUGGCAAAGUGAAGAAUGGCACGAGCAACAAUUCCACUAUUAAUUCGCCUCAGUCUGGUACCGCUAGUAGUGUUAGUAAUAACAACAACAGUACUCCAAUGGGGCUUGGAGGCUUAUUUGCUGGUGGAAUGCCUAAGUUAAAACCCACAGGUCUCAGAAGUACGAUUGUUGAAAGAGAUUCAUCGACUAUUUCAAAUUCUGGAAAUAAUCCAGCUCUUAGUGCCAAUACUGUUGUAACUAAUAUCAAUACCACUGGUACAAUGAAACGAGGACCACCUCCAGUUCCACCGCCAGCUGCUCAAAAACCCCUUAUAUCUUUACCUCAGCAAAGUACAACGGAUGGACCAAAUGAGUCACCAAAUAAAGGCUUUGGGAAGCCAAUGUUAGCUCCAAAACCGCCAGGAACAUCGACAUUACACAAACCACAUCCACCCCCAAAAAAGCCGGAAUUACUUGGAGGAAGUGUAUCGCGAGCACAAAGUAUGCGAUUACCUCGAUCACCACCAGUACUCGCACCAACACCUUCAUCUCUUCAUCAGUCUCAGGAUUGUUUAAAUGAAACCCAGCACAGGCCAAUAAAUCGUGUCUUAAGGCCACCAGUAGCAAGACCACCUUCACCACCUACAUCUAAACCAGCUCCAGCCACACCAGUUUCUCAAGUUCUUCCACCAGCUCCUCCGCAAGGUCCUCCAGUAGCUUCUGUUACAAGAGUGGCGCCGCCUCCUCCUGGAAGACCUACAGUGAUGGCACCCAGUAUGCCUCCACCGCCCCCACCUCCGCCGCAUCGUUCGAAUUUAACUCAUCAAAGACUUGCACCUUUGCCACCAACACCUCCAACUAGAAAUUUAUCAUUGUCUAAUGGGCAAUCAUCAACGAGCAACAAUUCUGCUGAUUUAGAAGUCAGAUUUAGUGAAAUGUUUCAUUCUAUCAUCACUUUUCCAUCACCCGAGCCAUUUCGAGGAGUUCCGAAACUUUACAACAGCAAAAAUGCUAAACAGCAAGCUCCGGCACCACCUCAAUCAAAUCCUAGCCCUAGUUCUGUUCUUCAAUUAAAUGCCUCAGCAGGGGGGAAACAGUGGCAACAUAAUGCAGCGUCAUCAGCAUGUUAAAAUAAUUAUUUGUAAAUUUAACUUGUAUUUAUAAUUAAUAAUACUAAUCAUUAUUAAUUUAUGAAAAAAUAAUUUUUUUGUAUAUAUAUAAAUAAUAUGCCGUAAAUGUCGAAAAAUUUAGUCAUAGCCAUUGGAUAUAUUUAUUUCGAUUGAAGCCAAACGCGAUUAUUACGCGCAAUUAAAUAUAACAGACCACGUUGGUCUAGAUUAAUAUUCAAUAAAUUAAAAAAUUCUAUUGUAUUUGCAAUGUAAUAAUUAUACACUAAAUUGUAAUUCGAUAGUCUUGCAAUGCACUUGUUGUAAAAUGAUAACUUGUAAUAAGUAAAAUUCCAAAUUUUUAUGUAACAUAAUAUUCUGUUUCUAUUUGAUAUUUUGAAUAGCAUCAAGCAGAAACAGAAUCCACUGUAACUAAAUUAACUAUCUCUUUUUA